CUGAGAGUAACUGUUGUCGCCUUGUACGAGUUUUCUUUUCCUACAUUUUCUAAAGGUGAUUCUAACUCGACAUUCCGUGAUGCGGCAUAUGGAGGAAUGAGUUUUUCCACAUUUAUGCAGCGGACCCCAAUGACAGAAGUCGUGUUUUCUUUUUCAAAGGCAUUACUUCCAGUGGAAAAGGCUAGUUUCCAAUCCAGCCAUGAAACCGCCUGGCGAAAAACAGAAUCAGAGACUGGGCACUUUGUUGCUCAACACCCUGGCAAGAGAAAUGCGUCUUUGGAGAGCUCCGGUCCUUAAGAGCGGUUGCAUUCAGGGUUCAGAUAUCAGCCCAACCCAGUACCAUGAGGUGAUCGUGUGGUUGCGUGAAAUGAACGGCGUAUUCCAGUUUUCCUCAGAGACAUUUGCUUUGGGAGUCUGUGUUCUUAACAGCCUGCUUGCAACAGUCAAAACUCAGCUGAAAUACCUCAAAUGCAUGGCCAUCACCUCUCUGAUCCUUGCUGCAAAAAUCAACGAGGAGGAUGAGGUGAUUGCAUCGGUUAAAGACUUGCUGGAGCAAAGCAGAUGCAAAUUCUCAACAGCUGAGAUUCUUCGCAUGGAGCGAGUCAUAUUAAACAAGCUGCACUGGGACCUUUACAUGGCCACGCCGAUGGAUUUCAUUCACAUUGUGAGUAGCGACUGAUGCAUCAUCAGAAAUUAUACAACCCUGCUGCAGAUGUUAGCAAAAACUGAUUUUUGGUCCUUGACAUUGUGCAUGUGAAAA